UUGACCUAACAUUAAUACUUUACAUUGAUGUCUUUAUCGUUUAUAUGAAUAAACCAUAAAUAGAAUAAACCGCUGCGUGAAUGUUUACAAUGCGUUUCAUCGGAUUAUAUUUCUUGAUGUUUGAAUAAAGUUUUUCGAAAUAAAACGAACAUGGCCGCUUCCGUAGUACGCUGCUUUUAGUGACUUAAAAACAAAGUCCCUUUAGGCUUUGCUUAUAAAAUACAUAAUAGAUGUGACGCAUUAGAGGUCUGCCCCGUCUGAAGUGAGGAUGAGUCGCUCCACCAGCCUCCUGCAGCAGAUGACUAUAUUCAUGACCGUAGUGACCGGCGGCGGCUGCGCGAUGAUGUAUUACCUCAUGCAGAAAAAUUUUGCAAAAGCAGAGUAUUACCGUCUGGCCCUUGAACAGCUGAAGAAUAACUCCACAGCCAUGGCCAGUCUGGGUGCUCCUCCGCUAAAGAUACACAACAUCCAUUUAACUGACCGACACAACCGUAUUGACCACAGCAGCGCUCAGCUCAAGAUCCCAGUUACCGGGUCAAAGACCGGAGGUUAUCUCUACACAGCUUCCACCAGAGACGCACUCUUGAACAGAUGGGACCUCCAGCAAGUGUUUCUGACGCUGAGGGAAGGUGAGACCAUCAAGAUUUUCAGCAAGACAGAAUAUGAAGAGUAACUUCACACAGACAAUAAACGCCAGUGGAGCAUUGUAUGAUUUUGGAGCAAAAGAUGAUUGACAGCCUGUUUUUGUUUUUAAUCAAUGUGAUACUUGCAUUUACAUAUAUUAGUCUAAUUUAAAUGUUAAUAUAUCUUUGUUUGGGAUGUAUGGAAGCUGGGUUGUUGUACAACCUGUUUCAUGUGCUUCAUGUGCUUCAUUAAAGAGAGAUGAAAUAUC